UACUACCUACAAACCACUACUAAUAUAUACCUACUACAAAUGAUAAAAUGAAAGUUUCUUUCCUUCUUAGCCCGUAGUCGAAGAACCUAGGCUUGGAAAAUUGAAUCGAAACCCGAAAAUCCGAUCCGAACCCGACCCGACAAAAUCAGGCAAAAUCCGUUGAUGAUGGGCUCCGGGCCGGACUCGGAUUAACCCGAGAAUAAGAGAAACGGGCGGGCUUCGGACUCGAAACUAUCCGCCCCGACUCCGCCCCGUACAUAUAUAUAUACCCUCUAAUCGGAAACCCUAGGUUAGAUUACUCCCCUCAACUAAACUCUUCCUCUCCCAUUUUCUUCUCCGCCUCCAACCCUAGGCUAGAUUCUAGCAAUCCGAUUGCUCCCGCUGCAUCGAAUCCCUAACAUAUCGAUCGCAUAUCUCCCAUCGAUUAUCUGCUUUCCUUCCCGAUGAUGAUAAUCAUUUCCCUUUCGAUCAUGGCUUGGCGCAUUCAAAGAGAAUUUCUCGCAGUGAAGUCGAAUAGUCGAUUCGGCUGGAGAUUGAAGUUGGAGUAUAAAUACGAGGUGGGGUUUAUUUUUUUGUUCAUACUUCUCUCAAGUCUCAAUCUUAGUACUCUGUUUCUCAGUUCUCAGACUGACUUCUCAUCCUUUUACUGCUUGUGUGGUUUGUGGCCUUGUGCGUGCGAGAAUCAUCUUCACAUCCAUUCCCACCCGUUGUUUGUGCCUCAUUCUGUUUGUUCAAGGUAAAUAUCCACUUUCUUUGUUUCAAUUUUGAUCAUUGGUGUUGGUUAAUGAUUGAGGGAGUCGCUUGAUAUCCUACUAAUCCUUGUUCCUCUGUUUUUUCGGCAGGAACAAUGUCAACAGAGGGAGUUCAACCCACUCCACAAGAUAAUGGCAAUAGUGCAAAUCCAGUUCUGUCUGCACCUACUGGAAAUGGGACUGUCACAAACCCAACUCCGCAGGCAGCAACUACAAAUGAGCACAAUGGCAAUGCUGGGAAUGGUAAUGUUGUAGAGGAAAUACUCGACGUUGGUAAGCUUAAGAGUGCUGUUUGGUUACACUAUACCAAAGUUCGAAUUAAUGGAAUUGUCAAGGCUAAAUGCAAUUAUUGUAAGAAGAAAUUAGGUGGGGAAUCAAAUAAUGGUACUACCCACCUAAAGAAUCACACCAAAAUUUGUGUUCAGAAGAAAAUUAGGGAUGGUAGUCAAAAGAUUCUCGGCCGUCACUAUUUGGCUAAAGGAAAUCAAGACUUGGUUGCUACUGCUUUCAACUCUGAUUUUUCAAAAAGGGAGCUUGCAAUUGCUAUUACAAUGCAUGAAUAUCCUUUGUCGAUGGUUGAUCAUCUCUAUUUCAAGAGAUUUGUCUGCUCUCUUCAACCAUUGUUCACUGUUCCAUCGAGGAAUACUAUAUUGAAAGAGCUAAGAUUCAAAGGUAGAAUUGCAAUAACUACUGAUUUGUGGAUUGCCACCAAUCAAAAGAAGGGGUACAUGGUUGUUACAGCUCAUUAUAUUGACAAGUCGUGGGUGCUUAGGAGCCAUAUGCUUAGAUUUGCAUAUGUACCAGCACCUCAUACUGCUGAAAGGUUGGGGACAGUGUUGGUUAACUGUUUGCUCGACUAGAAUGUCGACAGUAAGGUAUCCACCAUUACCCUAGACAAUUGUAGCACUAAUGACUAUGAUUCGUGUCAUACAGUCAAAAUUAGUGUUACCUGACUUGAUAAGUGAUGGUGCUUUGAUACAUAUGAGGUGUGCUGCUCACAUCUUGAAUUUGAUUGUGAAAGAUGGUAUGGAUGUUGUUAAAGAGGGAAUUGAUAACAUAGGAGCAGUGUUGUUUACUGGUCUGCUACCCCUAAAAGGCUAGAGUUCUUCCUUGAAACUGCAAAGCAGUUAAAAUUCACUUAUGAGAAACGACUUGUUAUGGAUUGCCCUACUCGGUGGAACUCCACCUUUAAAAUGCUAUCUGUUGCUAUUCCUUACAAGGAGGUUUUCACUAGACUGAAGCAACGUGAUGCUCAAUAUAAUUUCUUGCCAUCGAAUGAGCAGUGGCAAUUUGCUGCACUGGUUUCUGGAUUUGACGUUAUGAAGUUCAUGCUUCAGCUUCACAUAAGAAUUUGGUUGUUUUUUUUUAAUUAAUGAACUAGUCGUAUAGGUUUCGGGCCCCCGAAAAACCCGACAUCCGAAAACGGGCGGGCUUGGUUUCUAUUUUACAUCCGAUAACAGAGUUCGGCCGGGGAUUCCCCGAACCCGAAGUUUCGGCGGGCGGGUGACGGAUCCAUAUACAUCCGACCCCGAUCCGCCCGAUUGCCAUCCCUAGAAGAACCCAUCACCAUAUAGGUGUCAAAACAUAGCCCGACCCGAUUAACCCGCCCGAUCAACCCAACCCACAACCCGACCGCAACCCGAAUUGACUAAAAGUCAACAACCCGUAACCCGCCCGACCUGCAACCCGAUUGACCCGCAACCCAACUAACCCGCAACCCGACUAACCCGCAACCCGAUUGACCCGCAACCCGAUUGACCCGAACCCGAUUGACCCGAAUCCGACUAACCUGUAACCUGACCGACUCAACCCGAAUUUCAUCUAAUCCACUUGAAUAAUUAUAAAAAUAUACAAUACAUAGUUUUUCAAAAUAAAAUUUUUCAUUCUAAACUUAAGUAAAAUUAUUUUUUCAUUUCGUACAAGAAAUUUUAAAGAAAAUUACAAAAAUUGAAACAUGAAGGUCACUUGAGAUCAUGACAAUAUUAAUAUAAUAUAUAAAUUAAAAUUUUGGUUAAUUUAACUAUUCACUAAAAUUAUCAAUUAAAUAUAAAUAAAGUAAAGUAAUGUAU